AAAAUGUAUCUUAAAUUGCAACAGAAAGCUCGUUGAGUUCAGUGACUUUAAUUUUGAAAGAUUUCCGGUUUCCAGAUAAACCCGUUCCUUCAGCAGCUAGUAGAGAUACGCUGCCAAUAAUGUUUAAAUUUACUUUUAACCUUUAAAUAUAUGGUACCAGAUUAAAGACUAAGUAUUUUUGAUGAUCAUGGAUCAUCGUGUCAAAGGCAUCGAGGAGGAUCAUGUGAUAUCAGCGGUGUCAAGGUGUGUAGAAGAUGCGUUUGAGGUCGCGCUGGAGAUCGCAGUGAAUGAAAUCAGCAGACUGAUGGUUCAAGCGAUGCAAGAUGUCCGCAAGCAGAUACAUGAAACCCAACAAGAGAACAUCACCCUCAAACUACGACUACAGCAGAUCCACGCUGAACAAGACAACCCAAAACAACUCGCUGCUGAUCCGAACCUUUACAGAGUCGACUCGGACAAUUUAGGUGCAGAUACAUCUGUGAAUUUGUGUGAAAAGGAGUCAGAGGAACCAGAUGAAUAUGCGAGCUGCGAGAAGCUGCGUCAAUCUUUUCAUGAUAAAGACGAUGAUGGUUAUUUACGCUCAAAUGAAACACACGAAUCAGACAAUAACGAAAAUGAUACCCCAGACCUAAAAAUGGAGUUUAAAACCGAUCACAUGCAACAUAUGGAGCCAAGCGAUCAGGACCCAUCAUUAUUUCAGCCCACGUUUGAGCAGAUUCAGGUGAAGAAUGAAAAGCCAGAACCAGAGGAACCAGUCUUGGAUGUCAGCUCUGGGUGUGAUUCUGAUGUUGAACCAGACUGUUGCUUUGACCAGAGAUCUAAUGAGGAGUUAGGACUAGACAGAAUAGCCAUGGCCCAGUCUAAACUGUUAGAGGAUUGGAGACCUGAUUUACAGCAGCAACACAGUGAGACCGCACCACUGGAUCAAAGACCCAGCCUUGGUACUUCAGAAAUCAGUUUGUCAUCCACUGGCUGUGCACCUGCGUUUUCCAACCCAUUUGAUGGCAUCCACCAGUCAGCAGACGAGACUUCCCCAAUCCAGCCUCCCCAAAACUGUAGAGACCAUUUGAGGACAAAUGUCCAGUCCAGACUGUAUGUUUGCAAAUCCUGUGAUCAUGCAUUCCAUAGUGAAAGUGGUUUACAUAGUCAUCAAAUUCAACACCACAGCAGUGUAUUAAAGACAGUGAGUAAAGGUGCCCAUGAAACCAGGCCAAAAAAACAAAAACAGCAACUUUUCCCACCUGGCUGCAGCCCGUAUCAUUGCACUGUGUGCAAUCGGGACUUCAAUCGCCUGGAGAACUUGAAGACUCACUUGCGGAUACACACUGGCGAGCGUCCGUACGCCUGUUCAGUAUGUGACGUACGGUUUCGCCAUGCAGGGGCACUGACGCGGCAUUUUCGCAUUCACACUGGGGAAAAACCUUACGUAUGCUCAGAGUGUGGAAAACGUUUUAGGAACUGUGGAGGUCUACGUUUCCACCAGAAAUCACACAGUCCAUCAGUACAUACAGUGAGCAAAUAAUACUGCAGAAGGUGGUGAUAUAUGCUAUUUUGCCUUUUUAUUAAAGAUAUUUAUUAAAAAAUGUAAGAUACAACA